AUGUGUGCAAUGGAUGUACCAGGCGGAUUGGGGUUGUUCUUGAUUGUUUUGCACGGUGAAAGAUACUUUUUAUUUAGUCUGUCAGAGUACCCAAAGAGAGAGCUAGGCCAAAGAAAAAUUGCGUGUCGUUUUCUGCUGCAGGAUAAAGAAGAUUCUCACCGUACUGUAAAGUUCGACCACUAUGCUGAUGACUGGGAGUUAGACAAAUUUCUCAAUACCUUUCGCGUUGAUUUAGUUUUGGAAAAACGUUACUUUGUGCUCUAUGAAUUGAGGUCAGAAAGAAUUUCCUUUUUUUAUGGCUUUCUACGAUCACUUACGUGGAAAGAUAUUAUCUCUCAUUUCGAGAGCAUGAUAAUCUUCAGCUACUUGAGACUUUGCACAAAUGUUGCCUUUGAUUUGACACUUUUGAGAAUAGCUGACGGGGAGUUUUGCAAAAUGUGUGACGCAACUAUUGACGUGCUAGUCGACUGUAAACUUGCAGCAUUCUUUAGCUCCGAGAAAGAAGAAUUCAACGAGUUAAAAGACAAAGUCAAAGCAAUGGCAAUAACAUUUACAGAAACUGCAACAGAAAGCAGCGCAACUCUUGGUAUCGAGUCGGCAGCACAGGCCAUCGGGCAAGUUGCAGCCGGAGUAUUUGUCACAGUUCUAGUGGACAUUGCAUUGACAUCCCAUUGCGUGUACAAGGCGAAAAGGGCCAAAGAUCAAGGAAUAAUAAAUGCAAAGGAGUUUGAAACGAAAAUUAAAAAGAAGGUUUGUGAAUCAGGAUUUCAGUUUAUUGGAAGCACAACUGGAAGCGUCGUAGGGCAGAUGCUUAUACCUGUUCCAAUAUUUGGUGCUUUUAUCGGAGGUCUCUGUGGCAGCUUGAUUGGCACUGGAAUAGGAAAAGGCCUCAACUAUGGCCUUUUUGGAACUGACUGUAAAGGGGAGAAUGAGAUAAAAAUAGAGGCCUCGUUUGGCUUAAUCCUAAAGACACUGAGAAGACUUAAGGAAAGGAAUCCCAAAUCUUUUAUCAUUUACAACGAAACAAGUGUUAAAUUCGAAGAGAUGGAUCUUGCUCAAAUUGCGAAGAAAAAGCCUUCGUUACAAGUGCGAAAGGCAAGCAGAAAAAUUCCCUCUCCAAUCCAAUUUUUGUUUAGUGGUUCCCGAACGAAAGACGAGCAAUCUAAUCCCACAUUAAUAUCGGACACGUCUAAGUGUAUUACGAAACGAUUUCGACGAUAUAGCGACUCAACUGGGCUUUUUAGGGCAAAGGUGAAUAAAAAUGACAAGAAAAAAUUCGAGAAAAAGAAUUCUCUAAGUACCGAUAGCAUUGAUAAGGAUAAUGACGAUGAAGUAUUUGUUGGAAAUGGUAGGUUUACCCUCGCAGAAACUUCGCGCGAUGACGCCAUGACAGAAAAUGUUUUGUCUUUCAAGUGUAUGAUGAUAAAUGAGAACAUGGAAGAAAAGGUGGUCCUAGAUAAGGAGGAGUUGCAUGAUUGGCCAGGAUCUUUUACGGGAUUUAGUCAAAUACGAUCGAUGCUGAAAUUUGAUAAGCACAAUCACCCAACUACUGACGUAUCAAAAAAGGUUCAAAUUGGGAAAGGUAAAGUGCAGCAAACCUCUUCUGGCACUCGUGGCAUCUGUGAUGCAAAAAGCCAUGCACCAUGUGUUGCCUUGAAAACGGUGGUCGAGCCUUGUACUCCAGACACCAAAGAACCAAUUGGUGUUCAGGAACGUCGGUUUUCGGAUUUGCCUGAGAUUACCAUGGAAAUGGGAGCGAACGACAAAGAAGAUAAAAAUGCUUUACCGCGUGUGAUAAUAAAGAAAUUUGCUGACAUAUGGAGUAAAAACUUUAAAUUUGCACCAUACAAACAAACAUCAAGAGAUUCAGCAAACAGACAUGACAGCACGCUGGCUGAACCAAGGAAAAAGGCAGAAGAAGAGUUAUCUCCAGAGAAAAAAAGGGGCGGCAUGCUGCGUAGCUUUAUGUCUGCUAGUUGUUUCAGUUCAGAAGUUGGAUUCAAAUCUGAAAACUCCGAAUCCAAGAAGGAAUUGACCUUAAGUUCGAGGGAAACCAGAGGCUGCAAUGAUACACGAUUUGUAUCAAACUUCGAGGAAGAAAUUUUAAUGGAAGUUAGAGAUCAAAUGAGGGAUACCCAAGAGGAAAUAAAAGCCAUUGGGCAGAGAAAAUCAUUUUUGAGCAAUCAUCUAGCAUACAGAAAGAAGCUUUGUAUUGCACUGGAAUCAGAUGGUACGCAGCAGACUAAAGGACUGGCAGGCCAAGUAACAACUGCAGCAGAAAGUCAGGUGCCUUUAUAGUAAAGAAGCUGGGGUGUGUUGUGUUGUCCACUGGGCAUUGACCAACAAAUCUUUUCACACGAUGAUUGCAAAGAAUACGGUAUUUUCAUUUCGACAAAUGAAAAUCUGUACAGAUUGCAUGCGUGUAUUGUGAGGGUGCGUGUGCGUUCAUGUUUAUGCUUGAGCGUGGAUUUUCUUCUUGUGUGUUAAAUUUGUUCAAUAUCGAAAAUGUUUGAAAGAGGCUAGCCCCUUAGAAUUAUUAACGAGCAGACGAAAGCUUUUCUUGUAAAUUUCUCUCUAUUUACAUUGCACGGUUAAAAUGCUUUUGUUAUUCAUCGAAGAAAUUGGUUUGUUGUUCGAGCGGCUCUGUUGUUUAAUGUUUGACCGGCUCUGUUGCUCUGCGCACACCAAGACUUUGCCGUUGGAUUGUAUUUCAAAAAUAUAAAUGCUUUUGAGAUAUUAUUUGAGGCUUACAUCGUUAGGAUCGUUUACUACUGGGUUAUGACCUAGGCUGGGAAUGCUAUUUCAUCGAACAAAUUCAAUAGGAAUCUCGUUUUUAUGAAAACCAAAUAUAGCUUAUUUGUAACUAAUGUGACCUACUCUUAACAUUUUCAACUUUCAAGAUACACAGAGUCCUAUCCUGCUCUAAAUCCGAUUUCGGAAUAAAAUAUUUUGCAAAGCCUACAGUUGCCACUUCUCCUUUCCAACAUUAAAUCCGUUUUUUUAAUGUGGAAGGUACCUGAUAGUGUCGUUUGAUUCAUUAUAAUCUGCCUCAAUUUACCUUUAAGGUAAUAUAUGGUUCCAACUACGAGGGACGUGAUUUGCCCCUUUGAAAGCCGGGCAUUGUUUUCAUAUGCUAGAUUGUAGCUAAUAAUUCGUUUCCUAAUUACAUAGGGGGGGGGGGCUCUGCUAAGGCACGAAGGGUUUCAAUAAAGGAAGAAAACGAUAAAUAAUCAUAGAAUGUUUUUUCGAUCUAAGAUGUGGCAAAUAAAAAUGUGCUUUUGAAAAUCAAAAUAAUCUAGGGAAAGGUAGUUUUAUGGGUUGUAAGUAUGGUUUUUGAGGGAUUUUAACGUCACUUUUUUGUUCAAUAACAUAAACUGAGUCGAUUGGAUCAUUUGUAUAAUAUGAAUUAUAUACGUCAUGUCUGUGAUCAAGUGUCAUCUGAGUCAGCUUGGUGAACUGCAACAACUUGUAGGGCCUCAAUUGUGGCCAGAAAAAGCUGGGGCCAGAGAAACAUGCGGAUUUUCUCCGAGGGCUUACUUUUUCAACUUUUACAUAGCUUGUGUCAAAAAAGUUGCACAAACUCAUAAGUUCUAUAUUCUAUAUUAAUAAAAUCUAUGUAGUGCGCUUAUCUUCAUGAAAUAAUGCGCUUAUCUUUUGGAUAAUGGAUGAGAGGAGAGAAAAAGGAAAGGCGAUGAUAACAUUUAGGAACAUGAUGCUGGUUUGAUGUUAGAGGGAUUGGCUCAAUGUGCAAUACCCGACGGAUUUACACGCCCAAGGCCAGGGAUAAUUUUCUGAGGGAGGGGGACUAAAAGCUUCAAACUGUAACAAAGUAUAUAAAGCCAAAAGAUGAUUUACACAAAAGUUUGCAGCAUGCGUUUCUUUUACCAGGUUGGACAAGAAGACAGUGGUGCUAUUUUUAGGUUACAACGUUUAUAUUCGUUAGAUCGACUUAAUGCACUUGACGUAUUUUAAAGUGGAGCCAAAAUUUAAUGAUUACGUUUGUUUUAAAAAGGCCGCCACCAUGGUUAGCGGCAAAAAAUUUUUAUAAUUAGAUUAAAAUAGUCUAGGGAAGGCCAGAAACUGCAUCUAAAAUAGAAUUUGACGGGAAGAAAGCUAACGGUUCCAUUGCUCUAUCUAUUUUAAUGUUGACAUGAAAAGAGAGGGUCUUCCAAAGUUUUGAAAUUAUCUUAGCAUAAUAGUGAAUAUUCAACUUUUUACAAAUGAAUGAAACCAAAAUAAGAUGGAGAGAAAAGUAAAUAAAAGACAGUUUGGCAAUAAAGCAUUAGCCAGUGCCCUAGUCCACACACGCUACCUCAUUUGAGGAGUUCCGUAACCAAUCAUUACAGAUAGGUUUUUCGUUACAAACUUAACAACACAUCGAAGGCAUGUUAGAAUAGCCUCUUUUUAGGAUACUUUGUGUGCCUCGUUUCCAUCCGAUCCUAUUUGGAACCGUUCCAGGCGUUGCAAUGGGAUCUCAAUGGGAUCGGUUCCAAAUGGCAUCUGUUAGCCAGGCGUACUCAUUAGUGAACGGCUAGCAGUUCAACCAUCAGGUCCCGUUUAAAUGCGACGCCUAACGGUACCCAUUUUGAAACGGUUCCAUUUUGAACACAUGUAAACGCAGCCUAAGUAUCUGAUACGUAAACGCAGCCUAAGUAUCUGACACGAAUAGACACCGUAUUAGCUUGCCCCUAGGGAGGGGUAAAAUAUUUUGAGUAAUGUAUGCAAUGCGCAGCACCCUGCAAGGUUCUAUCAUAAAACAUCCAAACAAGUGGACAGUAUCUAAAGUGAGCAGUAUUUGCAAAAACGAGGUUCAAGGAUGAGAAUCGUGCGUGUGAGUUUGAACGAACGUGUGAACUUUUUAGGUCAUCACAGUCAGAGCACAUAUGAAUUAUUUUCAGAAAAUCGUUUUGGUCAUCGUAAACAGAACGGCUUAGAAAAUGGUUUGGUUGUACCAGCUGUAUUGCACGUGAGCAGUUACAGCAAAACUCUAAUUUAAGCUUUCUUUUAAAAACCUUAAACAACGGUUUUUAUUUGUAAAUAUAUAGAAAUAACUAUAGGUAAUGAAGAUAUAACAAUGAAAAAUACCUUACCUCGAAACCGCCUUGUUUUCUAAACGUUUUUAAGCGCACAUUCUUCAUAGUUAUAAGCCAUACCCUUUCAAAUUCGCGAUAUAAUAAUAAUAAUAAUAAUUCAUUUAUUUACAGUAGGCGUUCUUUACAGUAGUAGCUAAAACGAUAAGCUAAUUAAAGCCUACUAUUUACAGAAAUAAAAAUGAUAAUAUUAUACAGUGACAUAAAAGCUAUUUAAAGAAAUAAAUGAAAAUACCUAGGAUUUAAUUAGAUAAAUAGUUGAAAAUAAUUAUGUUAGAAAAUUCAUGUCAAGAACCCGACCUGUGCUACAAAGGUUCUACAUACCCUGCAGCUGCAAGUAUCCUUCCAUUGUUUAAUCUUUACCUUAAAGGUGUUAAGAGUAUUUAGGUUUUUCAAGUUUUCUGGUAGAUUGUUCACUAAUCUACUGUUUCUAAGACGGUAAUGGCUGCUCUUUUGUAUGAAUAUUUCAUUCAUAAAAAUAAUUCAUGAUAAAGACAAUCGGAGGCCUUCGAAAAGUGUCCCUGCAACGCUUACGCUAUUCAAUGAUAUAUUGUGCCUCUUUGUGCGAUAGCCUUCCCGAAACCCACAAAGGAGUAUGGUCAUGGAGCUGUCGUUACUAAACAAUCCAUUACUACACAUUUGUGCCUCUGUGUGCGAUAGCCUUCCCGAAACCCACAAAGGAGUAUGGUCAUGGACCUAUCAAUACUAAACAAUCCAUUACUACACAUGUGUGCCUCUGUGUGCGAUAGCCUUCCCGAAACCCACAAAGGUGUAUGGUCAUGGAGCUGUCGUUAGUAAACAAUCCAUUACUACACAUUUGUGCCUCUGUGUGCGAUAGCCUUCCCGAAACCCACAAAGGAGUAUGGUCAUGGACCUAUCAAUACUAAACAAUCCAUUACUACACAUGUGUGCCUCUGUGUGCGAUAGCCUUCCCGAAACCCACAAAGGAGUAUGGUCAUGGAGCUGUCGUUACUAAACAAUCCAUUACUACACAUUUGUGCCUCUGUGUGUGAUAGCCUUCCCGAAACCCACAAAGGAGUAUAGUCAUGGACCUAUCAAUACUAAACAAUCCAUUACUACACAUUUGUGCCUCUGUGUGCGAUAGCCUUCCCGAAACCCACAAAGGAGUAUGGUCAUGGACCUAUCAAUACUAAACAAUCCAUUACUACACAUGUGUGCCUCUGUGUGCGAUAGCCUUC